AUGGGUUUGAACUUCAGAGAUAAAGCCUGGAUUUUUCUGGCGAUUCUUUGUUAUUCAUCAUGUAUUUGUUCAGUUAAAGCAACAGUCUCUUAUGAUCGUAAAGCUGUGAUCAUCAAUGGACAAAGAAGAAUUCUUCUCUCAGGUUCCAUCCACUAUCCACGAAGCACCCCUGAGAUGUGGCCUAGUCUUAUACAGAAAGCUAAAGAAGGAGGCUUGGAUGUUAUAGAGACUUACGUGUUUUGGAAUGGCCACGAACCUUCUCCUGGAAAUUAUUAUUUUGGAGACAGGUAUGAUUUGGUUAAGUUCAUCAAGUUGGUACACCAAGCUGGUCUCUAUGUUAAUCUCAGAAUAGGCCCUUAUGUCUGCGCUGAAUGGAACUUUGGGGGAUUUCCGGUUUGGCUCAAAUUUGUUCCCGGUAUGGCUUUCAGGACGGAUAACGAACCUUUCAAGGCUGCAAUGAAGAAAUUCACUGAAAAGAUUGUAUGGAUGAUGAAAGCAGAAAAGUUGUUUCAAACCCAAGGAGGACCCAUCAUUCUUGCACAGAUUGAGAAUGAGUAUGGACCAGUGGAAUGGGAAAUUGGAGCACCAGGAAAGGCUUACACGAAAUGGGUAGCUCAAAUGGCAUUAGGACUCUCAACAGGUGUUCCGUGGAUAAUGUGCAAGCAAGAGGAUGCUCCUUCUCCUAUUAUAGACACAUGCAAUGGUUAUUACUGUGAGAAUUUCAAACCGAACUCAAACAAUAAGCCGAAGAUGUGGACAGAGAAUUGGACCGGUUGGUAUACAGAGUUUGGAGGGGCUGUACCGUAUAGACCAGUCGAAGACAUUGCAUACUCCGUUGCAAGAUUCAUACAAAACGGAGGUUCCUACAUCAAUUACUAUAUGUAUCAUGGAGGGACGAAUUUCGACAGAACAGCUGGUGAGUUCAUGGCCUCAAGCUAUGACUACGACGCUCCUCUAGAUGAAUACGGCUUAACAAGAGAACCAAAAUAUAGUCACUUAAAAGCAUUACAUAAAGUCAUCAAGCUCAGUGAGUCAGCUUUGGUUUCUGCUGAUGCAACCGUCACAUCUCUUGGAGCUAAACAAGAGGUACAAGAUCAAAGCAUUUUUUUUUGUAAUUUGUGGUUAUGCUAUACUGAUCAUUUUAAUGUUGUUUUUCAGGCUCAUGUGUUCUGGUCUAAAUCAUCAUGUGCUGCGUUUUUAUCGAACAAUGAUGCGAAUUCUGCAGCGAGAGUUAUGUUCCGUGGAUUCCCAUAUGAUUUGCCUCCUUGGUCAGUUAGUAUUUUACCUGAUUGCAAAACAGAAUAUUACAACACCGCAAAGGUUAAUGCACCAAGAGUACACAGGAAUAUGGUUCCAACUGGUACAAGAUUCUCUUGGGAAUCAUUCAAUGAAGCAACUCCUUCUGCAAAUGAUCGUGAUACGUUUGCAAGAAACGGGCUUGUGGAACAGAUAAGCAUGACUUGGGACAAGUCUGACUAUUUUUGGUAUCUAACAGACAUUACAAUUGGUGCUGGUGAGAGGUUUUUGAAGACUGGUGAUUUUCCUCUUCUUACCAUUUGGUCAGCUGGACAUGCUCUUCAUGUGUUUGUCAAUGGCCAGCUUGCAGGAAGUGCUUAUGGAGGACUUUCUCACACAAAAAUAACCUUUAGUCAGAAGAUUAAACUACACGCAGGUGUCAACAAGCUUGCUCUGUUGAGUGUUGCAGUUGGUCUUCCGAAUGUUGGUCAACACUUUGAGACGUGGAAUAAAGGGGUCCUUGGACCGGUCACACUGAAGGGAGUUAACUCAGGAACAUGGGACAUGUCGAAAUGGAAAUGGUCCUAUAAGAUUGGUGUGAAGGGUGAAGCUAUGAGUCUUCAUACAGACAGUUCCUCUGUGAGAUGGAAUCAAGGAUCAUACGUGGUCAAAAAGAAACCGUUGACCUGGUAUAAGUCUACUUUUGGGGCACCAGCAGGAAACGAACCAUUAGCCAUAGACAUGAACACAAUGGGGAAAGGUCAAGUUUGGAUUAACGGUAGAAAUAUUGGACGUCACUGGCCUGCUUAUAAAGCUCAAGGAAACUGUGGACGUUGCAACUACGCUGGAACAUUCGACGCAAAGAAAUGCUUGAGUAAUUGUGGUGAAGCUUCUCAAAGAUGGUACCAUGUGCCUCGCUCAUGGCUCAAGUCUCAGAACGUUAUAGUUGUGUUUGAAGAGUGGGGUGGUGAUCCUAAUGGAAUCUCAUUGGUAAAAAGAAUAUGAGAUCUUCUUCUUCUGGUUUAUUCUGAGUUUUCAUGACAGAAGAAAGCUUGUUUCAUUGUUUGUCUGUCUCUCUGGCUCUGCUUUGAAGAUAGAGACAGAGCUGGACAACAACAAUAAUUGAAUUGUGCAGUUACUACUACUAUCAUAUUAUACAACAUGUAUAUUACUGAUCAUCAUCAAUUACCCAAAUAAAUAAAACAAUAAUGCCAAUGAGGUUUGUAUAUUUGUUAGACUUUCCCGCCAGUGUAAACCCGGAUUAAAUAAAGUUACUGGGCCUUCAUGUAGGCCCAAUUAAAUAGAUCCAUAUCUUAUCAGUCACUACUUUAGACUAUU